UGGGAGGAGGGGGGCGUGGCCAGGAGGGCGGGCGGAUCCAUUAGGGGUUGGGAGGGGGGAGCGGCCGGCUCCUGGUCGCUUAUAGAGCCCCUAUAGGAUGCUGCUGCGUCACGGGGACCCCAUAGAAGGCCUGUGGAGAGCCCCCCGCUCUUAUAGAGACCCUAUAGAGACCGCAGCCACGAUGUCGGCGCAGGCGCAGGUUCAGGCGCGGGGCCGGGCGCUGGAGGAUCGGCUGCUGCGGGUGCCGGGCCACGAGCUCCUGGCGGGGCUGCGGGAAGCCGGGGCGCUGGGGCCCACCGAGGAGGCGGCGCUGGGACCCCCGGGAGGCCGGGGCUGGGUCCGCCGGCUGCGGGCGCUGGCGCUGGCUCGCGGCGAGGAAAGCUGCCGGGCGCUGCUCUACGUCCUGGCCAGCCUGGAGGAGCCGGGGCCGCUGGAUUUCUACAACCCCCGGCGCGACGCUCAGCCGUCGCACCGCUCCGAUUGUCCCUGCUGUCACCCGCCGCGGGAGGACGGAGGCCCCAAGGACGAGGACGGAGGCCCCAAGGACGAGGACGGAGGCCCCAAGGACGAGGAUGAAGGACUCAAGGACGAGGAAGGCCCCGAAGAGGAGGAGGAGAAGGGUGAAGAGGAAGGUGGAGGCCUCGAAGAGGAAGAAGGAGCCCCCGAGGAGGAGGAAGGUGAUGAAGAUGGAGGCUCCGGGGAGGAAGGUGAUGGUGAGGAGGGAGAUGGAGACCUGGAGGAGGAAGUCGGGGGCUCCGAGGAGGACGGGGACGCGGGGGGAGAAGAUGGAGGCCCUGAGGAGGAGGACGCGGGAGGCGACACCGAGUAGGAAGGAGGGGAGGGGGGAAGGUGGAGGCCCUGAGGAGGAGGAGGAUGGUGACGAAGAUGGAGGCGCCGAGGAGGACGGAGACUCCUGAGGAUGGUGAUGGUGGGGAGGAAGAUGGAGACCUAGAGGAAGAGGAUGGUGAUGGAGGCCCCCGAGGAGGAAGAUGAAGGCCCCGAGGAGGAAGAUGGUGAUGAAGACCCCUGAGGAGGAGGCCGGGGGUCCCCAAGAAAGAGGCCGGAGACCCCACGGCGGAGGAUGAUGAUGCUGAAGGGGAAGAUGAAGGCCCUGAGGAGGAGGAAGGUGAGGGCGAGGCCGGAGGAAGGAAGCCGGAGGCCGGAGAUGAUGCUGAGGAGGAAGAUGAUGAAGAGGAAGGCGACGCCAAGAGGGGAAGGGAGACCCCGAGGACGGUGAUGGUGAGGAGGAAGAAGAUGACCCUGGAGCCUCCAAAGAGGAGGACGGUGAUGAAGGUGGAGGCCCUGAGGAGGAAGACGAUGGUGAGGAGGAAGAUGGAGGCCCCAAGGAGGAAGAGGACGGAUUUAGGGUGAGAAACAAGCCGCGAGCAGAACCCCCCCCGCCCUCAGCCUUCCUCCCUCUCCCUCCUCUUCCUCCCUCCUCC